AACAUAUAAAAAACCUACGAGGAUUAACAGGGUGAGAGAGACCAUGCAUGGCUAUGAUGCCAAUCAACGCAUGGAAAGCCUUAAGGGGUUGAUCAAUAAGCUUGAUGCCAAAAGGUUUAGCAAAAAAUACCAACCAGAUUACUUACUAGAGGACUAUCCUGAUUCGACCUUAUUGCCAUAUAAGGAUAAUCUUAACAAAUUACCUGAGUUCUUCCAGUGCCCUUCUGCUAAUUUCUACAACAGUUAUUUCAGUGGGAUUCUUUCAGGAGCAUCAUUACCAAAACUUCUCAAAUUGAACGGCCAGGAUAAGAGAAGAAAGAAAAUUGCUUUGAAGAAGGAGAGACAUUCCAAGAGUUAUUACUCCUUAUCAAAGGAAAAGUUUAGUGGUAAAUUAAACGAAAGAGAUAAAGAUGGCUACGUGUUCCAAGAAAGAGGCAAAAGUCCUCAAAUAAAGAGUCUCAAUUUCAUUACCAGUAAAAAGGAAGCUAUGAAGAUCCUGGAAGACCCUGCAGUUCAGCUAAAAGCUCCAUGGCACCAGAUUUUGCAUUAUAAUAUCAAAAGACCUGAUAUGACCAUUGCAAAUCUUCCUGAGGUGAUAAGUUCAGAGAAGCAGAAAUCAGAAGAGCCCAAGAAGAGAGUCAAUCAAACAUUCAGGAAGAGUUUUGAUCUAUUUAAUACUGGCAGCGAGUCUUUUUCAACUCCAUUUAGUGGCAGAUCUGUUGACCAAAACCAGUCUCUUCAAGAAAAAUUUAGUGAUUAUCUUAACUCUAUUGGUGAUAAGAAAAUCGCUAAAAUUGCUCGGCAAAAAUGUAUGAAGAUUCUUUCACCAAAAAAAGCCACCAAGGGGCCUAGAAAAAGCCUUAAAAAAUCUUCAAACCAUCCAGACACAGAGACAAGCUACGGCUUAAUCCCCCAUCCAAUUAGAGAACCAAGAUUCCGUUUCACCAAUCAGCCCAAAUAGAGUCCCAACCAAAUAUCCUCAUCUACUGAAUAACCCAUAUAAAUCUCCCACUAAAAGCCACCUUCACUCCUAAU